AAGAACUAACUAAACCAACAACUCUCACAAUCAAUCAAUCAAACAGAACAAAGAUCGACCAAUCACAUAUGCAGAGUUCAUCGAAGAAGCGAAUAAAGAUCGAUGGAGCCCUUCCUUCCCGACUGACAGCUGAACAAGAAGCUUCAAUCAUCGUAACUACCCUCCACAACGUCAUCUCCGGCCGCCGCCAAGAUUAUUCCUUCUCAACCAUUCUCCCGGAGAUCAAAACCUGCGAUUUCUGCCGAAUCAAGGGAUGCUUGGGUUGCAACUUUUUCGACGACAAGAGGAAAAACGUUAUUGACAAAAGCAAUAAUAAUGAUAAUAAGAAGAAGAAGAAUUACAGAGGUGUGAGACAGAGGCCGUGGGGCAAAUGGGCCGCCGAAAUUCGAGACCCCAGAAGGGCGGUUCGAGUUUGGCUUGGGACUUUCAAUACAGCUGAGGAGGCGGCUCGUGCCUAUGAUAAAGCGGCGUUUGAGUUCCGCGGGGCCAAGGCUAAGCUCAAUUUCCCACUUCCCCCGCCGCAGCCAACCAAUCACGAUUUACAAAGUGAUGAGCCAACAUUAUUGUGGAAGAACGAAUUGGUGGUGUCAUCCACGACAUCGUCUCAUCCUCCUCUUCCGGCAAUGAAGACGGAAAAUGGAAUAUGGGAAGCAAUUCGAGAUGAAGAGAAGGAGAAGGAGGAGGAGGUUAAAUUACAAGAAUGGAUUACGAGCUUGAUGGAUUUAAGUAGCUAUAUAUAA